UGUCAUCUAUUGCAUUAAUGUUGUUGUUUUUUUUUUUUUCAGCAGUUGGUUAUGUAAAACUUCCCAGCACUAUCGUGCAUGCUUAGAACACUAAGCGUUUAUUCAUGGCUUUGCUCCUUCACCGAAGGAGGUUUUAAGGUCUUUUGGAAAUAAAUUUUUCUUCUUGUUAUUCCCAGAAAUAGUUCUCGAUCUUUGCAAAAAGUUAAAAAACAACAACAACAAAACCCCAACCAGAACCACUAAAACCACAUGGCCUGGGGCAUUUACUUAGAAGGACAAUUGGUUAAACUGUCAAAGUUACAACCAAUUAAAAAGAUCAUUUUACAGGGGAAAAAAAUUAGCUUCAACUAGAAUCUCUGUUUAUGUAAUUACCCUUUAAAAUAUCAUUUAUAUUUUUGUAUGCUUAAAAAGGAUAUUAAUUUUGAAAUUAUUAUGGUUAUCUACCUACCAUCUCGGAUUAUGAACGUGAUAGACAUCCACAGUAAAGCAAGUGUGUGGAAAGUAGUAUAUAAAAAGCCAAUUAGAAAACGUGUGUACUUAACGUAUUUUGUUUGGUUACGCAUAAAGCCGGUGACUAUGUAACUGAGGAUCCCAAGCAGUGUGUCUUUGACUUGUCACAAGCCUUGCUGAAGCUGGUGGACAUGAUAGCUGCUUUCCUUUCAGGCUAAAGGAGGUAACAAGAGAGUGGACAAUUUCUUGGAAUAGAGUAGGUUGGAUGAUGGCCUAACUUGGGGACUAUUAGUUAGAAAAAGAAAAGAUGUGGUAGGCUCAGGAAGCUUCCUGAGAUGAAAAUGGCAAAAGGAAGGAAAGUACUGAAGAAGUAUAGUGUAUGCUUUUCUAGUUCUUAGCUGAGCAUCAGUUUAUGGCCAGUGUUUUUGUGCAUGGUGGUUGUUUUUGGUGUUGUUUUGUUAAUCUCUUUAGACAUAUGGUCUGUAAUAAGUUUCUUCAUAGACGGAAUAUCUUUAUUGUGUUUAUUUGUCACCUUUUUUCGUUCCAUCGUGCUUCUAAUGAUGUCAGGUGCCCGGAUCACUGAUAGCAGUAUAUACAUUUUCCACAUGCUGUACCCAAUUCACUGUUCUUUCUGCUGUACAGUGUAGUACUGUGGUAUUCAGUAUCUGAUUUUUCCGAAGCAGGAGUACUGCUGACAAGGAUGGCCAAUUUGACUUUGCCUGCUGCAUCAUUUUCAGGGCCUGUUUGCUCUACAGCCUGUAUUCAGCACUUUUUAUAACUAUCUGAAACCCUGGCUUUAUGAACUCUAGUUUUCUGUCUUGGCAAAAGGGACGGUAUGCCCCCCGUUAGGCUGAGUGAUAAACAGAUGCAUCUCCAAGGGGGUCAGGCAAAUAUUGUGCUAGGUGGACCUUUGGCCUGAGGCAGCAUGGCUGUUCUUGACAACUAAAGGUCUCUGUUUUCUGCUGGUCCAAAUACUGAAAAGAACGCUGUCUGAAAAUAGGCAAAUUGCAAAUAAGAGGCAGGGGUUCAGUCUGCAUUUAGACAUGUGCCUGUAUUAAAAAUCUGUGUUAAAGGCAGCAAGACAAAGAAAGCAGGGAGGCAAUAAAAGAAACGUUUGUAGAGUAACUGGGAGAGAAUAAACGAAGAAAGGAGCUUUUGGGUCAGGCAGAGCUCUAGUUGAAAUUGAGGUUUGGGAGCGCAGUCAAGAAAACUUCUUGUCAUUUAAUCCCACUGUGCUGGGCAAAACAAAGCUCUGUCUACGGGCUUUGUUACUAAACAGGACUGUAUUCAAGAUGCGUAUGAUUCUGUCACCAGUUUUUCCUUCAAACAGGACAGAAUCCAGAAGUCUGUUGACAAACUAUUUGGGUCGAAAGGGGGGAACAAUAUUAAAGGAAUAUAUACAUUACAACAAGGCUAGGAUUUUGCUGCGUCUCACUUUAUUCCAUGACUUGUCAACGUCCGCUGGUGUCUAGAGAAGUCAUGGCACGGUGCUUGCAGAUCGCUAAACCCAAUUAGGGACCCCUGAGUGAAAAAGAGCCUCCACAUGGGCAGGGACCUGCCAUCAAGCCAAGCACAGUGUAAGGCCUGGAGCCUGUUUUGUCUGAUGAGCCAUUUCAUUGCCUCCACUUUCUAAAGGAACUGGCAGGUUAGGAUUGCCAGAUUUUAAAGUACAGGACGACCAUGAGGUUCUUAGGGACAUGCUUUAGAGGUGGACUUGGCAGUGCUAGGUUAAUGUUUGGACUCAAUGAUCUUAAAGGUCUUUUCCAACCAAAACAGUGCUAUCCCAAAGCCCUGAAGCCAUGCUGUGCUUCUGCUGUCACCCUUCCCUCCUGCACCCGAUGUCCCUGGGGCUGCCGUGGUGGCUGGGAAAGGUGGUAGAACCUGCCCCAAGCAGCCUCUACCCUGCAGCCCCAGGUCCUUGCCAGCUCCAUAGGCAGCUGUUUCAGCCAUGCAGGUUGUAAGGCAUCAAACUAUGAGGGAGGUGGAAGCACAGACAGCAGCAGGAUUUUGCAUCCUUUGUACCCAAUUCCCAUCCUGCAUUCUAAAAGCAUACAGUGAACAUGGGAAAAGAGCAUAUCUUAUAUGUUUCUAAUAUGAGAUGCAUGGACUAGGUCCUGCAGUUGAUGGUGUGUCUGGCAACUCCACUGCCAGCAGGAAGUCCAGCCCUUGUCACGGCCAUGCGGUCCCUGCAUGGUCUGCUGCCUACUAGGGAGGGCUCAGAGUUUGUUACAGCCUCUAUUUGCACUCUUAGAGUUAGGUUAAAGAAUUUGCCUGGAAGGCAUAAUAAAAACUGAAUCAUGAUCACUUUUAAUUAGAGAAUUUAAUGUAAGGACUAUUACUGUCUGGAAUAGAGGCUGAUUUGAUUUUCCUUUGCCUACCAUCUUAUUUUAAAAUCAAUUUUUAGGUGCGUGGUCUGCUUACAGUUUUCGUGUUCUUAUUAGCUUCUUGGUUGUCCUCCCUUAGGUUACCUUCCCAAGAUUGUUAAGUAUCAGACUGUAUAUUCACAGUCCCAAUGCAAGGAUAAUUUUGUUAUUUCAUUCCACUGCAGAGUAAGUCACAGUGGAAGAAGGGCGUUGCGAGGUGGGGACAGCAUCUGGACAAUGAUGUCUGUCAUGGCACAGCAGGCUCAGGCCUGGGGAAGUGCCCAUGAAGUUUUGGGGUGCUGUUUGCUGUGGUUCUUUUGUAGAUUGGAUCAGCUCUGGGGUGGGUCCUGUUCUCUAGAAGAGCCUUUUCAUCUGUCUGCCUUGCCUUCUGUCCCAGGGGAUGGAGCGGAGAUGGGUUCUGUCCUCAGAUCUAACCAGGCCAUUAGUUGUCCUUCAUGUGCUGAUGAGGUUUGAUCCAAAUCCUCCCUAUCAGUCUCAUUUUCAGUCUCCUGGAAUAUUUACCUCACCAAACCCCCAGUGAUGCUCUAUGUGCCAAAACCCAAAUUUUUACCCUUUUUUAAUCCUGUUGAAUGAUAGUAGCUGGGAAGAAAGAAACUAUGAACCUACUGGGUUUUAAUGCAUUUACAGCAGGGCUAGACUUCCUGAAAUAUUAAAGAGGUGGGCAAAGUUACUGAAAUAAAGCAAAUGUCAGAAGAAAGAAUGACUUCUCCGUGCAAGUGAUACAUGUAACAUAAAACAGUUUCAAGAAGCAAAAUCUUUGAUCUUGGGUCUGAAUACAUUUCCCUCCUGUAUCAUACAUAGGAAAGAGUAAGAAAGUUGACUUUUUGGGUGAUUAUAAGUAUUAUAAAAACCCCAUGUUACUUCAAUCUUUUUAAAAUACAGAUAUGAUUUGAGAUAUAGUUGUGUAAUCUGUUUGAUAUUAUAUAUUUAAAUGUGCAUAUACAUAGUAUGUUUUGAACCAUACCGUAUUAGGAAGCUGCAUCCUAUUGGGUUCAUGAUAAUAUGAAUGGUUAUGUCUAUUAAUAUUUUAUAACUGAUGUCUCUAGUAGCAUAGUAAUAAUUCAUUUUAAAUAUAAUUGAAUAGUGAGCUUUGGGAUAAAGUGGAACUCACUGUUUUAUGCAAACUUCUCAGAAAUUAAUCUUUGAAUGACCAGAUUUGAAACAAGAUGUAUUUUAAGCCCAUGCCUCUGGGAAAAUACAGGGAAAUGUGUGUGUAAUAUAACAGCUUAGAAGCUGGACACAGAAGUGAAUAUUCCCAUUUGUUGUUACUCUUGCUUUUCCUUCCUUAAAGUCGGGGUGUGCUACUGCGCAGCAGUGAGGAAGACAUCGAAAAUGAAAACCUACUUUUAGGGUCGCGUUCCGCACUUUUUAUUUCGGGGCUCGCGUUUCACAGCGUGAAGCCAACUCCGCUUUUCCCCGGAGCGUUGCCCCAGCGCUGCGGGCCGGCCCCGGCUGCGGGUCCCGAUGCUGCGGGAGGCCGGGGCGGCGCGGCCCGGGAGCCGCGUUGUUUCUCGGGCAUGCUGGGACUGGGGAGUCCUUCCGCUCUGCUUCCCGUCUGCCGUGGCCUCGUCGGCUAAGUCAGGAUCCGGCCGGGGUCGGGUUUUAAUUUCAGGUGAUGGAAAAAUAAGAAACAAAAUGAAACCUUUCCGAAGUGUCUGUCUUUUCAAGAGCAUGCUUGCCAACUGCUACUGUCACGGUCAACUUCACAGCUGUCUCCUCCCUCCUGUUGCAAAGAAGAUAAGUUAUGUGGUGGGACUGCACAACUGUGGAUUUUGGAGGUCAAAAUCUUUAUUGGACACAGCUGGAUUCACUCUGUCAUUUGUCAGUCGGUGUAGGAAAAUACGUCAGGAUUCUCAGGCAUUGUGGAAGCAUGAGGCUGUGCAGAAGUACCUGGAGACCCUAAGCAAGGAAUACCAGCAGAUCAGGCAUCUGUUAAAUGCUGACUCGAUAAAUGACUUUGAGCAGAAAACCCUGAGGAGUAGAUGUGCUGAUCUGUCCCCCAUUGCAGCUGCGUUUCAAGAAAUCAAAGAGGCUGAAAGGGAAGUUCAGGAGUUAGAAGCAAUGUGCAGAGAGCUAGACAGCAGAGAUGAAAAACAACUUCUAGAGCUUGCCUUAGAAGAGAAGGAAACCCUGGAUAAAAAAUUCAACAUGUUGUGCAGAAAGCUUUUCCAGCUUCUAGUGCCAAAGGAAAAAUACGAUAGAAGUCCUGUCAUAUUAGAAGUGACAGCUGGCAGAACAACUGGAGGAGACAUCUGCCAACAGUUCGCUAAAGAAAUGUUUGAGAUGUACCAGAACUAUGCAGACUAUAAACGUUGGACCUUUGACAUUGUGAACUACACGCCGGCUGAGAUAGGUGGGCUGCAUCACGCUGCUGCUCAUAUUUCCGGAGAUGAUGUCUACAGGCAUCUGAAAUAUGAAGGAGGGACUCAUCGGGUCCAGCGAAUCCCCGAGACGGGCCUGUCGUCAAGAAUGCAGCGUAUUCACACUGGGACAAUGUCAGUUAUUGUCCUCCCUCAGCCAGAGGAGGUUGAUGUUAAAGUGGAUCCCAAAGAUUUGCGUAUAGAUACAUUCAGAGCCAAAGGAGCAGGAGGGCAACACGUUAACAAAACUGAUAGUGCUGUAAGAAUUGUACACCUUCCCACAGGACUUGCAGUUGAGUGCCAGCAGGAGCGGUCACAGCAGCUGAACAAGGAAAUGGCUCUGCGGACACUGAGAGCGAAGCUGUACCAGCAGGUCAUUGAAAAACAACUCAGUCAAGAGCAGAGCGCCAGAAAACUGCAGUAGGAUUUGGUUUUUGCUGCUUCACUACAGUUGGGAACAAGAGCCCAGUCAGAGAGAAUUCGUACUUACAACUUCACCCAGGACAGAGUCACCGACCACAGGAUCUCAUAUGAAGCGCGCAAUAUCAAGGUAA